UGCGUACCGCCCACACGUCCAACGAGAAAAUGGCCGCUCCGCAGCAUCACCACCCCCUCAUCGAUCGCCGCCGCCGCCGCCGAAGAACAUGGCCGCGUCCCAGCUCUCGUCCCGCGCUCUCGCCCCGCUCCCCCCGCCGCGCGUCGCUCCCCGGAGGCCGGGCGCCGCCGCGGCCUCUUUCCCGAGGAAAGGUCCGAGCUCGAGUCGACCGGGCGCGAGCCGCGGCCGAAGGUCGAAGUGGGGUCCCAGGCUCAGCCUGGCGGAGCAGAGCCCGCCGAAACCGGCCGUGGACGUGGAGCGGCUGGUGGGUUUCCUGUACGACGACCUCCCGCACCUGUUCGACGACCAGGGGAUCGAUCGGACGGCGUACGACGAGCGCGUGAAGUUCAGGGACCCCAUAACGAAGCACGACACCAUCAGUGGGUACCUGUUCAACAUAGCCUUCUUGAAGACCGUGUUCAGGCCUGACUUCCAGUUGCAUUGGGUCAAACAGACAGGACCUUACGAGAUAACGACUCGUUGGACGAUGGUGAUGAAGUUAAGGCCACUUCCGUGGAAGCCGGAAUUGAUCUUUACGGGAAUCUCUAUCAUGGGAAUCAACCCGGAGACGGGCAAGUUUUGCAGUCACGUGGACUACUGGGACUCGAUCAAGAAGAAUGAAUACUUCUCUCUGGAAGGUCUAUGGGAAGUGUUCAGACAGCUCCGGUACUACAAGACUCCUGAGUUGCAAUCUCCGAGUUAUCAGAUAUUGAAACGAACUGGAAAAUACGAGGUAAGAAAGUAUGCGCCAUUUUUAGUAGCAGAAACAAGCGGAGACAAGCUGUCUGGAUCAAAAGGUUUUAAUGACAUAGCAGGGUACAUCUUUGGGAAGAAUUCAAAGACGGAGAAAAUGAAAAUGACUACUCCUGUCUUCACUCAAGCAUUUGAUAAUGAGAUGUCUAAAAUAUCGAUUCAAUUUGUUCUUCCGCUGGAGAAAGAUUUAAGCAGUUUACCUGAUCCCAGUCAAGAAACUAUAAGCUUGAGACAAGUUGAAGGUGGCAUUGCUGCUGUUCUGAAGUUCAGUGGAAAACCUACCGAAGAUAUUGUUCUCGAGAAAGAGAGAGAACUUCGCUCUAGUCUUAUAAGAGAUGGGCUUAAAGCAAAGUCGGGUUGUCUGCUUGCGAGAUACAAUGAUCCAGGACGAACGUGGAGCUUUACAUUGAGAAAUGAAGUGCUGAUAUGGCUUGAGGAAUUUGAGUUGGACUAGUAUAUGAUGUAGUGAGCAGUGACUCCGGCAAUUCUUUGAUGCACUGUCUUUGCAGAUGUAACUUAUUAGCUAUCUUGAAUCUUAUCAAACUCGGCCAGUGAAUUUUGCGCAGUAGCAUAGCCCAAGACCAUGUUCCUAUCGGCAUCCAACAAGUCUAGUAUUUGUA